CUUCGCCCCCCCUCUCUCCCGCAUACCCGUCUCCAACAUGAUUGCUCUCUUUGCACCCUCCUACAGUGCACAGCCGCCUCGGCGCGCGCAGCAUCUGAAGCAUCCUCCCAUUUACCAAGCCUACCCUGCCGACAAGGCGAUUCUGAGACGCAAGCGUCGCCGCCAGCUGGCGUCGCUCCCCGAGAAGAAGUUCCAACAUUCGUUUGAGGUGGAGCGCGUAGCGCAGCGAGAACAUCGCGAGAAGGUUGAGGAGGUGAUAGAAGAGUAUCGAGAAAUGGGACAGUCGAGGAAGCGCAAGGUCGUCGAGGUGCUAUUCAAGUUGAUUCGAGCGAUUCAUCCCUGUCCUCGCCACCAUCUGGGCGCUGUAACCGUCAUCCUCAAUGCUAGCGAGAAGGUAGAUGCUGAAGAAGAAGAAGAAGGCAUAGAGACUCAUAUGGAGGAGGACGAAGUGGAUAUUGACAUAUUUGAGAACGACCAUCAUGCCGAUGCUGACAUGCCCGACGUCGAUCUCGACAUGGAAGUUGAUGAAUACAACUGCAGCGCUGAUGUCAACAUGUCCGAGUCCGCGCCUGCGUCUACAUCCGUACCCGCACUUACGUGUUUGUUCCCUCCGGGUCUCUCAGCCAACAUGCCCCCGAACGCUCCCGGGGCCGACAUGGCCGACAUCGAGACAAUCGCUGCUGGGCCGGCUUUUGUCGACGGUUAUGUGCCUCUGGACAUCUGGAUCGCACUCUACAUGCCGUCGUCGCCGCGGCCGACGGCAGAGAACCCAGGGUACUUGAUCGACUCGGCAUACGAUACGCCCGCGCCGCCCGCCAUCGUACUAUUCCCCACGACUGCCACCGAGCAGCAGGAGCAACUCCAGUCCCAAUUGCAACCACAAUCACAGUCGAGCGCUAGCACUGAAGACUGGUCGACGUAUUACUGCCCCGGCAUCCCAGUUCUAGCUACAGGGACUCCAGGCUACAGCGUCGACUCGACAAUCGACUUCGAGCUGUCGGACAGCACGCUCAUAUUCGAGGAGAGUUCGCUCGUCGAGGGCCCCGACGACGUGCGAUCUCAGAAGGAUGUAUCCGACGGUGAGAAGGGUGAGCAGCCGGUUCUGCUCAUCAUCGCGCCUAAGCCAAUGCUUGCUGCCUCCCAAGCAGGACCGUCGCUCCUCUGGUCGCUCUCGUUCGUAUGAGCUCUCCCAUUCACUCAUGGCGCGGGCGCGAUAUGACGAAGACGGUAUAACGGGGACAAUAUAAUGAAGACUCGCAUAUACCCUGCAUAUAUGAAGAAUAUGUUUCUCGGAAGAUCUCGAUAAUGGAAAGACUAGCCAUGAAUGGCUUCGUUUCUCUUUCUUGAUAUCCUUAUUCAUAAUUUAUCGUUUCCGGUUUUUCAGUUGCAUACGACUUGGACUUGGGCUCGGACUCGAACUCUUGAAUUGGAUCUCUCUCUCACAUC